ACGUUCGCUUAUAUAUUUAUCACACCUACACUGAUCGAAUAUUUCGAACAAAUAAAAAGCCCUGCGCAACGGUCGAAGUUUUGAUACUUAACGAUCGCUAUCAUUCGCGAAUGGUUGUGUUUGAUCGAAAGUGGCGGAGUUGUGCUUGCGUUGUGAAGUCGUUGUGCUAUCGUUGAGUGGAUAAGUAUUUUAACGGAGGAAAAUAAGUGCAACACAGUAUGGAGAAUCUCAUGCAGGACGAUGAUGCGGACCAGCAAACGCUGUGCGAACAAACGUUUCAAAAGUUAAAUCGCACGAAAAGCAAUGAUGUUACUCCCCAGCAACGUGAAGCAUUCGUGAAGUUGCUGGCUAAUUUCGUGAGACAACGCGAUUCCGACAAGAAACACUCCGAGGACCAACUGUUCCAAAUGUUUAAGAACAAGGAAACGAACACAGUUAAUAUGGGAAAAUUCCUGGCGGAAUUGCGAACGAUCGGCAUUCGAAGAACGGAUCCUCGCAUUCAGGAGAUGAUGGAAAAUCUGAAGCGUGUCCACAAGCUCAAUAACUACGAGCACGGAUCACCCCACACCCAGCAUUUGAAUGAGGAAACCUUCAAGGCCGUAAUCGCGCCAAACAUUGUGCUGAUCGCUCGUGCCUUCCGUCAUCAGUUUGUCAUUCCGGAUUUUCAGGGAUGCACCAAAGACAUUGAGGAGAUCUACUGGAAGUGCAAGAGCAACGCGGAUGGUAAGGUAGCCAACUACAUCCCUCAGCUCUCGCGUGUUAAUCCGGACUACUGGGGCGUUAGCGUGUGUACGAUCGAUGGUCAAAGGUUUUCGAUCGGUGACACGUCGGUGCCCUUCACACUGCAGAGCUGCAGCAAACCUCUCACGUAUGCGAUCGCACUCGAAAAACUGGGCGCCCAGGUGGUGCAUCAGUACAUCGGCCAGGAACCGAGUGGACGCAACUUUAACGAGCUAGUGCUGGACUACGAGAAGAAGCCGCACAAUCCGAUGAUUAACGCGGGUGCAAUUUUGACCUGCUCACUGCUGAAGACACUCGUCCAUCCGGAGAUGACGUUGGCGGAGAAGUUUGACUACGCGCAGACCUGGUUUAGUCGCAUGGCGGGUAAUGAACCGCUCGGGUUCAACAAUGCCGUGUUCCUGUCGGAACGUGAGGCUGCCGAUCGGAACUAUGCGCUUGGCUUUUACAUGCGCGAGCACAAGUGCUACCCAGAGAAGGCGAACCUGCGCGAAUGUAUGGAUUUCUACUUUCAGAUCUGCUCGAUGGAGGCCACCUGCGAUACGCUCUCGGUUGUGGCGGCCACUCUCGCCAACGGCGGUAUCUGUCCGCUGACGGAGGAGCGCGUUCUGCAGUCGGAAAAUGUCCGUGACGUCCUGUCGCUGAUGCACUCCUGCGGUAUGUACGACUUUAGUGGUCAGUUUGCGUUUAAAGUGGGACUGCCGGCAAAAUCGGGUGUAUCGGGCGGCGUAAUGCUGGUCAUUCCGAACGUAAUGGGUAUGUUCAUGUGGUCACCACCGCUUGAUCCACUCGGUAACAGCUGCCGCGGAGUACAGUUCUGUAAGGAGCUAGUGGACGUGUUCAACUUCCACCUGUACGAUAACAUCAAGCACGGUUCGAACAAGAAGGACCCUCGACGCCAUCGGUACGAAACAAAGGGUCUGUCGGUGGUGAAUCUGCUGUUUUCCGCUGCAAUCGGUGAUGUUACUGCUCUGCGCCGUCAUAAACUGUCCGGGAUGGACAUUACGCUCUCCGACUAUGACGGUCGAACGGCACUACAUCUGGCCAGUGCUGAAGGACACUUUGAGUGUGUUCGGUUCCUACUCGAGCACUGCGGUGUUCCGCAUGAUCCGAAAGAUCGCUGGGGCAAUCGACCGAUUGAUGAGGCGGAAACGUUCGGCCAUGACGAUGUGGUAACGCUGCUGCGACAGUGGGAAGAGAAGGUGCAGAAGGCUCAAACGUGUGACGCUAGCGAAACGGGCUACAACUCCGACCAGGAUAGCGAUGCCUCCAGUGGGAAAGGACCCAAAGCAUCGAAAGGGUCAGAAAUUUUACCCUGAGCUGUGUGAAGAGUUACUAAAAAAUACGACAAUAAUUAUGAUGCUAUCAUUGCGAACAGUGAAUCAUCUGCCUCAUUCUACGUUAUUUUAAUCAAAUCGAUAGUCAACUAGAUAUUAGGCAUUCAUGUACUCGUGUUUCAUCACAUAUUACCACUGUGUGUGUAUGUGUACCUAUAUCGUACGCCAUUGUAACUAGUGCAUGUCAAUUAUAUUCUAUCGCUAUCGUACACAUCCAGAACUCAUACCACAUACAACUAGCGAAAA